AUGUCAAAAGAAUCACCAGAAGAUCAAGAAACAAGGCUAAAGAACCUUUAUAAAACAAUCGAUAUACAUGGUACUGGGAGAGUCGAUCUAUCGACUCUAAAUGAUGCUUUCAAUAAAUCAGACCAUCCAUUAAAGAAUACACCAGGUGCUAUAGAAACUUUAUUCAAAUCUUUAGAUUCAAAUAAAGAUGAUGUGAUAGAUUUCCAAGAGUUUAAGACAUACAUUUUAAAAGCAGAAUUGCAAAUUUCUGAAGGUUUUGCUAAAUUAGAUAAAGAUAAAGAUGGGAAAAUUUUUUCUCAUGAUUUGAAUUCAUAUUUAAAAUUAAAUAAAGAUGAAAAUUUAAAAGAUUUCCAAAGUUUUAUAAAGUUAUUACAAGAUGACAAUUCAAAAUCUGCAAGCUAUAUCACUUAUGAUCAAUGGAGAAACUUCUUAUUAUUUGUUCCAAGAUUGAACGGCUCAAGAUUAAGAACUGCUUAUGAAUUUUUAAAUAACAAUGAUGUGGAUUUAAAUUCUGAAGGUGAUGUUACCGUGUCAAAUGAAAUUUUAAAAGGUUUAGGGUUUUUCCUUGCCGGUGGGUUAAGUGGUGUUGUUUCAAGAACUUGUACAGCACCUUUUGAUCGUAUAAAAGUUUUCCUUAUUGCAAGAACAGAUCUUUCUUCAACUUUGUUGCAUAAAAGAGCUGCAUUGGCAAGUAAAGCUGGUGAGAUCCCAUUGGAUAAGAUCAAAUCUCCAUUGAUAAAAGCUGCAACAACGCUAUAUAGACAAGGUGGGUUAAGAGCUUUUUACGUCGGUAAUGGAUUAAAUGUUGCAAAAGUUUUCCCUGAGUCUGCAAUGAAAUUUGGUUCUUUUGAAGCUGCGAAAAAAUUAAUGUCAAGAUUAGAAGGUGUUCAAGAUACUUCUGAAUUAUCAAGAUUUUCCACUUAUAUAGCUGGUGGUCUUGGUGGUGUUGUUUCUCAGUUCACUGUUUAUCCAGUUGAUACUUUAAAAUAUAGAGUUCAAUGUGCUCCUCUUGAUAAUAAAAUUCAUGGGAAUAGAUUAUUAGUGGAAACUGCUAAACAAAUGUACAAAGAAGGUGGACUGAAAUUAUUCUAUAGAGGUGUUUUCGUUGGUGUUACAGGUAUUUUCCCUUAUGCUGCUUUAGAUUUAGGUACUUUCUCUGCAAUGAAAAAAUGGUACAUAAAUAGAGAAGCCAAGAUUAAAAAUUGUUCAACUGAUGAUAUUAUUAUGAGUAACUUUAUUGUCUUACCAAUGGGUGCAUUUUCAGGUACUGUUGGUGCUACUGUUGUUUAUCCAAUCAAUUUAUUAAGAACAAGAUUACAAGCACAGGGAACUUUUGCGCAUCCAUAUAGAUAUGAUGGGUUCAAAGAUGUUUUGAAACAAACUGUUCAAAGAGAAGGUUAUCCUGGUUUAUUUAAAGGUUUAGUUCCAAAUUUAGCUAAAGUUUGUCCUGCUGUUUCUAUAAGUUAUUUGAUGUAUGAAAAUUUGAAAAGAUUUUUGUCAUUAGAAUAA